AUAAGGGGCGCGGCGGCAGCCGGGGGGAGAGAGAGAAAGAGGGAGUGAGAGUUUGCUCCGCAACCGGCCCAGAAGCCAAGCUCGGUUCUGUUCUGCCCGGCCAUGCCGCUGCUCCGCGUUCCGCCGGUGCUCUGCGCCGCGUUCCUGCUCGGCCUCCUCCUGCAAGCCGCCGCCGAGUCGGUGAGAGAAACUGAGACCAUGGAUGCCCGAUGGCUUGACUACCCUGCCUCAGGAGACUUGCCAGAUGAUGAAGACAUUGGUGAAUUCAGGCCUCACAUAACUUCUGAUGGAUUAGAUAUAGAUGAGGCAUCUGGGUCUGGAGACUACCCAGACUCUGAAGAUUCCAUAUAUCUGACCACCAUGGAUACUCCCCUGAUAUCUGACAACUAUAUCCCUGGAGAUACUGAGAGAAAGAUAGAAGGUGAGAAGAAAAAUACAAUGCUGGACAAUGAAAUCAUUCCAGACAAACUUUCACCAGUCGAAGAGAACCUGUCCAACAAGAUCUCCAUGGCAAGCACAGCCAACAACAGCAUCUUCGAAAGAACAGAAGUCCUCACAGCUCUCAUUGCAGGAGGAGCAGUGGGCCUCCUCUUUGCUGUCUUCCUCAUCCUCCUCUUAGUCUAUCGCAUGAAGAAAAAGGAUGAAGGCAGUUACGACCUUGGGAAGAAACCCAUCUACAAGAAAGCCCCUACAAACGAGUUCUAUGCUUAAAAGCUCAGUGGCACCUUGUGCCCACCAAGGGACAAACAGACUGGAUGGAAACGCUGUGCCCUCAGAUGAGAUGUGCUGAACAAAUGCUCUUUUUGGAUUGAAUUUCAAAGCGACUUUGAGAAACAAACAAACUUCCUACGUGACCCUUCCCAUCCCGCUCAGCUAACAAGGGCCCAAAGAAAUACAAAGAGUCUGAAAAAAUAACCUCAGUGUAUUUUUUCUAAAGCUAGUGUAAAAAGAAUAAAAAUGCCAAUUUUUCUGCUUGCUUUCAUAGAGGGUAUAUAAACACAGACUGUAUGGAUGCAAACACCAUGUGUUUGCAUCCAAAGUGCCAUGCUCAGAUUGGCUGCUUCUAUAGAAGGUGGCUUUUUUUUUUAAAUUCUUUUUUUUUUAUAUAUAAACCUUGCUAAUAGAUGUCUCGCAGCAGGCUGUUAAUGUGAAGCAUUUCUGUGGAGAACUAUUUAUGAAUCUCUUACACUACAGAUGAUGUUGCCUUAUCAGGGAGUACACAGGCCAUAGGGGCUCAGAAUCCCUGAAUGCCAUAAAGGGCCUAUGGGAAUAUCUUCCCCAGGAGGCUUCUGUCUCUUCCUGUUGGCCCCAGGCAAGGGUCACUAGUCCAGGAAAUCAGGACAGCCAGUUUUGUUUGGCUCUGACAACACCCUUUCCUUGCCUUCAGUCUCUUACCUUUUUUAAAGGAUUGCUUGUAGGAUUUUUUAUAAUAAAAAUUUUAAAGAAAAUAGCCUAAUGUUUAUAUAAAGUUUGUAGAAAUUGUUUUGAAAUAAUAAUAAUAAUAAAAAACCCAACCUACUCUCUUUUAAUUUCCUCAGAUUUAUUUUUUCAAUCCCUUUGUGUUUCCUUUGGCUGGGCAUUUCUCUGGAGCUGUUGUUUUAUGAUUUAUAUUCUGAACUGAAGCAGAGUCAGCUAAAGUGUGUUACAGGUUUCUUCUAGAUCUAUAGCAGCUAAUAUAGAGGGUAAGGAUAUUUAUGGUUUUCUUGUAAGUUUUUUUUUAGGAUUUGAUUAUUUUUUUUAAUACAAUUAUUUAUAGUUUCUGAAAUGUCUGCUCUUCUCAUUUGGAAUUUUCAUCCUUUUUAUGUAAAACACUAAUAUAACGAGUCUCUGUAUAAACUAUUUUAAGCUUUAUUCUGUGAAUUAUAAUUACAAAUUCAAGGCAAUAACUUCUAGGAUUAAUAUGUAUGCAAAAUUGGAUUAAUAAUAUCUGUAUGCAAAAUUAGAUUAAUAAUAUGAUUUAAGUAGGGAAAAGAAGAGUGUUUUCUAGCUUGUAAUAUAUUAUAAUCAGUCCUGUAGAGCUAUAUAUUAUAGAUUUUACUGAGAAAUACACAGUUAUGAAUGAAAAGGCUGGAGGUAAUUCUUCAGCAGCCUUACUGUGUGUAGGAGGCUUGUUCUCAUUUGUGCUGCUGUUGGUCCAGUGUCUUGUCUGGAGGAAGCCCAGUUUGUCCAGUUGCUUGUACUGGGGGAGGCAGCUGGAGCCCUGGGGCUCUGUCUCUGUGCCUGGAGGCAGCUGCAGGCAGUGAUGUGCCAGGUUUGAUCCUCUGGGAUCCAACUCUGAAGCAAGGGUUGGAAGCUCACAGGAUGGAGGAAAUAACUUUUGUUUUAGGGGUUAUGGCUGCAUUGUGGAGUCCCCUGCAGUACUGUGCUGAGUACCUCCCUCAGCUGGAAGGCUGGAUCUGGGAACUGGAAAGCUCUUUGGUGGCAUCUCCCAGCCUGGAGCACUGUGUUUUCAUGGACUGCUGGCUCUGAACCUCCUGUGGUGGGUCUUAAUCUAUCAUGUACAUAGCUCCUACCUCUAUUGAGAGUUAUACCAGUUCCCCCAGUGCUCCAAGAGGGAAGGGCGGUGUGUGUGUCCUGUGCCUCUGUUUUCAGGAAGGUGUUUACAGAACUUUGUGCAAGUUGUGUCCUCACACAGCUCUUGGGACCCCGUGUGCUUUAAGACACGAUCCAAACGUGGCUCCCCAGACUGAGCAGGGGGUAAAAGCUGUUAAGAAUUCUCACCAACUCCUGAAGCCUCUUCCCUGAGGCUCUGUUGCAGGUUUGAGGUCAAAUUCACAGAGGUGAUAGGACAAAUUGACCUUCACCUGGUGGGAGCUGGGUGUUGAGAUGUGGGCGGGAGAAGACUUUUCCUCAGGCUCCUCCUCCAGGUUGUCUCCCUUGCUUGGUCCCAGUACAAGUGUGAUCAGGGAAAUUGCAGGCUCUGGGAGGUUCUAAACACUGCACAGAGUUCACUGUAGAGAGGGAAGGAGGGAGGGUUUGACUGCACUUCCAGGAAGGCAGGAGCAGUGUCUGCUGCUCAGGGUAUUUAGGUUCUCUUGUGUAAUCGCUCUUGGGCAUUUUCCACUGUUACUGAAUUUUUUUAUUUUUUAUUUUUCCUCAAAUAAACUGGUACUUUCUAAAA